AUGAACAGCUCCCAGUGGAUCGGAAUCGAAGCAUCAGGCACCCUCCCCGUCCGAACCCAUCUCGCCGACCUCGACGCCCCAAAGUCCCGAAUGGUAGUCGAGCACCUCGCCCGCUUCAUCGCCAAAGAAGGCGUCAAAACCUUCGAAAUCACCAUCGGCUUCUGGAUACCGACCCGGCUAUGGCGGUGGCGCGUGGAGGCGCGCGAGCCCGUCUGGUCAAAGUUCGCGCUCGAGAGACUCCGGCAUAUCCAGGAUAAAUUCGCGGAUGUGGUGUGGGCGGAUACGCUGCAGACGCGGUCGAUUGAUGAGCCGGAGUUCGAAGACUGGAAGGACUGGGUGGAUUAUUGGGGCAGGUGGCGGCAUGCGAGCCAGGUCUCGAUGUAUAGGGGCAUUACGUUCCUGGAGAAGAGGGAUGGGGAGCUUUGGGGGGAUGAGAUUAGGGAUUUGCUUGCGCUUAGGGUGCAUGAUUUGCAGGUUAUGGGGACGUUGCUGAGUUCAAGUAGAUUGGCGCCGGGGAGGGUGGACUGUGAGGCGUAUUUUGAGAUGGUGAUGAGGGAGUUGGUAGGGGAGCAGGCAGAUACUGGGGGGGAGGUUAUUCAGAGCUCUGGUAUUUUGUAUAGUAUGUUGCGACGGCUUAAGCGCAGAUAA